AACAAGAUAGAGUUGGCUUUAAGUUGAUAAGGUCUAAAGCUUCCACCUGACGUGCUCUAGCCAUGGAGAUGGAGCAGUUGGAGAAGGAAGGGAUCAGAGAUGCUUCUGAGGAGGUGUCUCGUCAGUUCAAGACACUAAUUAACGAUAACGAUCUGGACACGCUCAAACAAUUACAGCUCCUUAUUUUGGGAAGGUUACAGGAUGGCAAUGCUGUCUUAUCCCAUUUUAAUAAUUUUUCAGAGCAGUGCUUUCAAGAGAUUUCUGGUGAUUUAUAUAAGAAUACACGUCUCUUAAGGUCCAUGAAGACAGACCUAGAUUACAUAUUUCAGAAGCUGAGAAGCAUGAAGGCCAAGAUCAUGGCUACCUAUCCAGAUGCAUUUCCUGAUCGUUCAACAAUGCAACUGCUUGACCAAAGACCAGACCUUGAAAGGCUUCAGUAAUAUCAUCUCUCUCUACGAAGAAUGAGCCUGCUGGCUGUUAGAAUUCAGUGAUUUUGUAUACAUAGUUUUCUCCUAGGCUUAAACUUGCAAUAUUGUACAUUACAUAUUUACAUGUGUUCAAUGUCUACAGUAAAAUUGUUUUCUCAAGGAGGGGCUGGGGAGGGGAGGAGAAUUACAAUUGAAGUUGUAUUUUCAAUUAUUUUGGGAAAAAUAGAGGGGAAAAAAGAUUGUUCUUUCAUAUGAACAGAACAUACAAUCAAACUCUACCAUUGUUAAGGUUUGGGCAUAGUAUUGAUGGUUUUAAGUUUGCAUAA